AUAUUCUCUGCCAAGAUAACUGCUAUUGUAAAAGAGAAAAAUGGUGUCAGUAACGCCUGAUCAGUCUAAGAAGGUGGGAUUGGGACUGUCAGCAUCUCCAUCUCCAUUUCUCACUCCCCGCCCUGAGCGGCGACGCCCCGACUCAAGAGGUUCUGACUGGAACCCUAACCGUCAGGAGAGGGAUAAGGAGACCAAUGUGCAAGUUUUGCUUAGAUGCAGGCCAUUAAGCGACGAUGAACUAAGGCUGAACGUUGCCAGCAUGGUCUCAUGCAAUGAGCAUAGAAGAGAAGUCACCGUUACCCAAACUCUUGCUAACAAGCAAAUAGAUAGAGUUUUUGCCUUUGACAAGGUUUUUGGACCCAAAGCACAGCAAAGAUCAAUAUAUGACCAAGCAAUUGCCCCGAUUGUUAAUGAGGUCCUUGAUGGUUUCAACUGCACUGUCUUUGCUUAUGGCCAAACAGGCACCGGUAAAACGUAUACAAUGGAGGGUGGGAUGAGAAACAAGGGUGGAGAUUUACCAGUCGAGGCUGGUGUUAUUCCUAGGGCAGUUCGCCAAAUUUUUGAUAUGUUGGAGGCACAGAAUGCAGACUAUACCAUGAAAGUUACAUUUCUUGAACUUUACAAUGAAGAAAUUACCGAUUUAUUGGCCCCUGAAGACAACUCUAGGUCUGUAGAAGAAAAGCAAAAGAAACCUCCUACUCUUAUGGAAGACGGGAAGGGCUGUGUGUUUGUAAGAGGUCUAGAAGAAGAAUCUGUUUAUGGAGUAAAUGAAAUUUAUGCCCUGCUGGAACGUGGGGCAUCAAAAAGGCGCACAGCUGAUACAUUGCUUAACAAGCGAAGCAGCCGCUCACAUUCAGUCUUAACAAUUACCAUAUAUGUGAAAGAAGCAGUCAUUGGUGGUGAGGAAUUGAUUAAAUGUGGCAAGCUUAAUCUUGUUGACUUGGCAGGUUCAGAAAAUAUAUUGCGCUCAGGAGCACGUGAGGGUCGUGCAAGAGAAGCAGGGGAGAUAAACAAGAGCUUGCUUACCCUUGGACGGGUCAUAAAUGCACUUGUGGAGCAUUCCGCUCAUGUGCCUUACAGGGAUAGUAAGCUUACAAGGAUUUUAAGGGACUCCUUAGGGGGGAAAACAAAAACAUGCAUAAUAGCUACUAUUUCACCAUCUGCUUAUUGUUUGGAAGAAACAUUAAGCACACUGGAUUAUGCUAGUCGUGCCAAGAACAUAAAGAAUAGGCCCGAGGCGAACCAAAAGUUUUCAAAGGCUGUUUUGCUGAAGGACUUGUACAUGGAAAUUGAGAGGAUGAAAGAAGAUGUUCGAGCAGCAAGAGAAAAGAAUGGUGUAUAUGUUCCUCAUGAGAGAUUUGCCAGGGAGGAAGCAGAAAAGAAGGCAAGAAAUGAGAAGAUAGAGCAAUUGGAGAAUGACCUCAGUCUUAGUGAGAAGGAAGUGGACAAGUUCCGGGAGCUUUAUCAAAAUGAGCAAGAACAGAAACUAGAUUUGGAAUGUGAGCUUAAGGACUGCAAGGUUAAUUUAGAGAAAACAAGCAGUGCUUUGCAUAAUCUCCAAGAGACUUACAAUCAAGUAGUGUCAACUUUGAAGGAGAAAGAGCUUACAAUUUCCAAGUUAUUGAAAUCGGAAAAUUGUUUAAUUGAGCGCGCAAAGGAGUUGUGUACAGAUCUGCAGAAUGCAUCAAAUGAUAUUGAUUCACUGUCCCUUAAGUUGGAUAACAAAACAAAGAUGGAGGCUGAAAAUCAGAAAUUAAUCUUGAAUUUUGGUUCUCUACUGAACCGGAGAUUAGGAGACUUACAUAAGACGAUCAUGGGGUCAAUUUCUCAGCAACAGGAACAACUAAGAUGCAUGGAAGACCAUGCCAGUUCUUACCUUAGGAAUAAAAGUGAAGCAGCUCAAGCAUUAGAAACAAGGAUCAAGAAAAUGACUGAGAUAUAUACUUCAGGAACAGGGGUCCUGAAGGAGCUAGCCAACACAUUUCAUGUAAAAGUUUCAUCUGAUAUGGAGCAGAUCCAAUCUAAAGUGUCAUCACAGACAUUGGCUGCUGAGAGUUUUCUUGCCACUGCUGUGGUCGAGGCUGAGGAUGUUAUAUGCAGCAUCCAGAAUUCUGUUGAUGAGCAAAAACAUUUGCUAGAAUUCUCCAUUCAACAGCAAGAGGAGGGAUUGAAGCAGAGUCUGACUUCAGCACAAUUGAUUUCGGAGGCAACUGUGAAUUUCUUCGAUGACAUUCAUCAACAUUCUUCAAGAGUAGUGAAAAUUAUUGAAGAAACUCAACAUGAGAGAACCGACCAAUUAGCUAACUUUGAGCAGUCGUUCAAGGAAGAGGCCGCCAGAGAGGAAGAGCAGGCCUUAGAAAAAAUCGCUGCAAUUUUAGCAGACCUGACAUCCAAGAGAACUGCUAGGGUCUCAGAAGCAUCAAGAAAUAUGCAAGACGCAAGCAUGAAAGAGUCGAAAAGAUUACAGCUUGCGAUGUACAGCAUGCAGCAAAUUUCAGAAGAUGCUACAAAGGAAGUUGGGAAGUACGUAGAGAAUGCAAAAAGUCAUUUCAUGGCACAAUCGAUCUCUGCAAGUGAUUCUAAGGCGUUGAUGGAAGAUUGCCUCCAUGAUUGCUCAAGGAGAGUGAACCACGCAGGGGAGCAGUGGGAAAAUGCGCAGAUGUCCUUGAACACUCUCAACAAGAACAAUCUUGCAGAUAUAGAAAAUACAGUAACGGCAAAUAUAAACUCAAACCACACUUUGAAUCAAGAAUUUGUGUCUGCAUCAUCAUGUAUGGAUUCAGAUUAUGAUGUAGGAACCCACAACCUGGUAGAAGCUGUAAAUGAUUCACUAAUGUUGGACCGUGAGAACAAGAAGGAAAUUGAUUCUACGACCGCACAAUGGUCGGAGCAGCUCCGUUCUGUACAAGAGAAGCAUGGUGAAAGCAUAUCAAGCAUCCAAGCCCAAGCAGAAAAGUGCCUUGAAAAUGAUUACUUGGUUGAUGAGCAUACAGGUCUAACACCAAAGAAACGAGUGAAACCUCUGCCCAGCCAUGCAUCUAUUGAGGAGAUGAGAACACAAAUCACUGAAGAAGACAACUCCCCAGAGGAGAGAUCCAAAUGGAUCCAAGCAGAGUCCAAAAUUCCGCGUCUAACAGCAGCAUCUCCAAAUCGAACUCCUUUUGCCGACGUCAAUUGACUUUGCCUCCGCAGUUAGCUCGACGGAUCUGGGGAAGAAGCUCAUCGCCCGAUGAGCUCCCACUCCUCUUUUCCCCUGUAAUGUUUCAACUGGUUCUUCCCAGAACCCAGGAAAAUUUUAGGUAACCUGUAGCGUAUGCUUCAUUCUUAUUUGAAUUUUCUGUACUUGGAUCCUAGAGAGCUUGAGGAGAGAUGCCUGUGGGACACAGCACAAGUCAUAUGAAGUCCUCCGACGAAGGUGCUAGACCUUUUCCUUUGAAGCAUGUAAUGAUACUAUUCUAAUUUCUAUGUAAUGAAAAUAGAGGCUAUCUAGUAGCAUUCUACUGUU